AUGAAGCAGCAAGCCGCGUCUGGGACGUCCCCGACCGAACGGGGCUCGCAGCCCCCUCCGGUUCAGCGUCGAAUUUUUGAGGGCAGAUACGAAUGUUGGAGCAACGAGGUUAGUCCCUCGUGCUCUGACAGCGUGUACCGAGAGAACAAGUCAAAGUACAGGAAUGUGCAAGUGGGUCCGGUCAUAAGUGCUGAUGAGGUUGACGCGCUGCUAUGUCGUAAGCCCAACGCGGUAAAGAACUUCAUAAACUCGCUAAAUGAGCAAAUGCGACAGCGGCUUUCGCCUUCUGUAGCAGCUGAUGCCAGCGUCUCGUUCGAAUCACGUGAUUACGAGCCUGAGUUCGGCCGCGAGUUGCAGCAGUGUAACGUCUCGGUUAAGAAUCGCAUUACUAUAUUCGACCGGAAGACGCAGCAAGGCGAUAACGGAGCGCGGUUGAAGACCUCCGCGUUUAGGAGCGAAGACUCUAGUGACCAUGCGGCCUCACCAGGUGAGCGCAACAUGGCAACGUACGCUACGGAGGCGGACACUGUGGUUGUCGGGGCGGCGCCUAAACGGCCCACAUUCAUAAGCAGCACGCCAUAUGAAGGCAGUAAUUGGUUUGCUGCUUCCACUGCAUUUCCACGGUACGUCCGUGAGGAGCCUGCUUCGCCGUCCUGUCUUGGAACAAAGCUUGACCUUGAUCGCAUGGCCCAACUCUCACAAGUUGGUUUCAACUUCGGACCACCUCCCCAAUCUACCGAACGCAGUUUAACGGAUGUUGUGCGUCGUAUAAGUGCGCCGUGUAACCAGUAUAUGCCUCCAAUGCAGCGUUGCAUGUCGGAUUUCUCACACGAGGCAGAGCGCGAUCCCUUCGAUUCCGCUCGCGUCCGCAGGAAAGCAGUAGACAGUGGUCGUGAUUCAGCGCGUUACCGGUUCCCAGGAGAGUGGAGUCCUUACGGACGUGGUUUCGGUUUUGCGGAUAUGAAUGAUACCCUGAAUUGUCAUCAGGAUCGCAGCGCGUGGGCUCCGUCGUUGGGGCGUCGGACGUUUGCCGAUGCUCCCGUAGAACGAGUGGAGCUUCCCUUGGAACUAGUUGGUCGAGGUUACGAGACGAAGUCCGAUUGCAGUGAUGGUUACGCAGAUUCGGCUGAUUCAGGGUCGCAAAACUGCCUUAGUGACAACGUUGCGCCAUACUUCACGAUUCAUUCAUCAGGGCGUGACAUUCGUAUACAUACGACUAAUGUGAUCAAGGCGGGUUGGACGUGGAUGCACAGUGCAAAAGCGCGUAAAUGGUUCCCCAAGUAUUUGGUUCUGUUUUACGACGAGCCGCAGUGCACCCGGCCAUAUCAACUGCACGCAACUAUAAGCGGGCGUACAACUAAUGGAAAUCGCGAUGCAGCGUCGCCAUCUAGCUUUUGGGACAUAUACAAGAUAUAUUCACACUUGGGUCAAACUACAAGGGUGACCACUGCCUCAGAGAAUCGAUGCAAAGAUCGUGAUCCUUCUAGGCGACUGUCCUACAAUAAAGGGAUGCCACGGGAUGCGCCGAUGAGGGACCCAUACGAUCGUCCUCGACAUAUUUGGGAUGCGGAUCGUAGAGAGUCUAUCGUUAUCAUCCCUGACAACGCCACGAUUUAUUUGACAAUCCUUUCUGGAGAGACAGACGACGUUGCUGGCGCUUUGCGCCGCGGUGAGUUCCGAGAACUCAUGGAGGUGGACGUUGGUUUUAUGCCUUAUACAAAGCAACAUGCCCCCAACCACUGGCUCACCGGGCUUCUGACGAGAAGCAUGGGUAGAGAUCCGCUGAAUCUCAUCCACAUCCCACUUGUAGACGGCUAUGAGUGCUGCUUUAUGCCGCUAUGUGCCGCUCAUUUUCCAGGUGUAUCGUUAACAUACGAGAUGGAAUGUGCGCGACGCAAUCGUGUGGGACGGGAGUACGAGCAUUGGUUGUUUAGUCUGUGGGAGUUCGUAGUACGGCGCGGCGGGAGUUCACUCGGUUCCUGUACGGAUGCAGGCCAGUCGUUUAUUAUACCGGUGACAGUGAAAACUGCUUUGGGGCGCCUGCUACGAGGAGCCGCAGAAUUUUUCUCAAACAUUUGGCAACGUGCGAAGGGCAUGAACAAAAUACCAGCUGAACGUGAGGAGGCUUCAGACGCACAUCCGUUUCAUGGUGACUUUGAAGUACCGGAGGAGCAAGAAUCUCUGCAAAGCGUAUUGUCCGGAGGAGGUAAAACGCGCUGCGAAGUCGGAAGCCCGGCCCACAAACGUGCGCUCACGCGCGGUUUCGCGCAAUGGAUCAACUCCCGAGGCUUCGAUGACCUCUCUGUGAGCAUGAAUAUAUACACUCUGACCAGUAGAUUCAGCGAACUAUAG